AUCGACAAUGCGCUUUACAGGAACGAAAUUUGACAUUGUAAGUUAAAGGUUCAAGUUGACAAUGACCCAGUCCAUGUGUUGUGGUGAAACAGGAACAGCGACAUGAAAUUUGUGUGAAGUGACUAGUUACUCGCUAUCACGAUGCCUCGUUACGGACAGCUUGUGAUGGGUCCGGCGGGAAGCGGAAAGUCAACCUAUUGCAGUAACCUGGUUAGACAUGGUGAGGCUAUACGUCGCAAUAUACAGGUGGUAAACCUUGAUCCAGCGGCAGAACAUUUUGAUUAUCCUGUGUUAGCUGAUAUAAGAGAACUGAUUCACCUAGAUGAUGCUAUGGAGGAUGAGGCUCUGAGAUUUGGACCUAAUGGUGGACUUAUUUAUUGUAUGGAGUACCUGGCACAGAACUUUGACUGGCUGCAGGAACAGCUAGAUGAGGUUGAGGAUGAUUAUAUAUUGUUCGAUUGCCCUGGUCAGGUAGAGUUGUACACACACAUUCCUGCCAUGAAACAGCUGGUUGAGACGCUACAGAAAUGGGAUUUUCGCAUCGCUGGUGUCUUCCUAAUUGACUCCCAGUUCAUGAUUGAAGCAUCUAAGUUUGUGUCCGGAGUGAUGACGGCUUUGUCCACCAUGGUCAAUCUAGAACUGCCCCAUGUCAAUGUGAUGACUAAACUUGACCUGCUCAGCAAGAAGGCCAAGAAGGAUUUAGAUAGGUAUCUGGACCCAGAAUUACCAGUUCUACUUGAGGAGGAAUUCGAUAACUUGAAAUUCAGCAACAAAUUCAAGAAACUCAACUCUGCCAUAGCAACAAUGAUUGAGGACUAUAGUUUGGUGAAGUUUCUUCCCUUGGAUCAGACAGAUGAGGAGAGCAUCAAUGAUGUCCUGUUACAGAUUGAUAGUGCUAUACAGUAUGGAGAGGAUCUGGAGCCCAGAGAAAUGAAGGAUGAUCCAUCAGAUGAUGAUGACAACGACUUUGACAGGGGGAUUGAUGGCUGACAUUAUGGACUACUGAUGGAUGUUUCUGAUGCAUGUUGUGCGAAAGCAGGAUGAAGAAAAUGGAUGAAUCUGAUGAAUCUGGUGGAUGGAAUAUUCGCUGAUGAGUGACAUAUUCGCUGAUGAAUGACAUAUUCGCUGAUGAAUGACAUAUUCGUGGAUGAUGUGUGGUACAUUGUGAGUAACUCAUUUACCCCUGAAAUUUCAUAAUGAACUAUUCCAACCUUUGAAUUGGGAGAGUUCAAAUUUGUCUUCAGGGGUGAAUGAGUUACAUGUAAUGACAUGGAGCUGUUGUUUGAUCCAUGUCUUUGAAUGAAGUAUGGAUAUUUUACCUGUGUUACAUUUUGUAUGGAUCGACUGUAAUAAAACCUAAGGAACUUU